UCGACUAAAAAUAUUCCAUUUUUCGCCAAGAAAACMCAUUGUAUGUGAGGCCUAAAUGCAACCGGGCUGUUUUCGUUGCUUUGACAGUUUAUGGAUGGGUCUGAGGAAGUCUAAACCACGUAGAAAUAAAGAUCAGUACGGGGAUGAAGGUCUUAUAGAUGUGAUCGCCAGCCAUCAGGUUUCUGAACACGAACCGGUUCACAAGGACGCCGUAACYUGUGUUGCUGCUUAUUCUGAUGGAUUUUGUUUAUCUGGCAGUGCUGACAGGACAGUUGCCUUGUUCAACCUAAGAUCAGGUAUAGUGACACAAAGAUGGAUAGGGCAYGACAAAGAAAUUACCAAGCAAGAUCCCAUAGACACRUAUGAAGGUCAUAAACUGGUAGUUACAGGAAUAGACUUAAAUAAUGAUCAAACAGUGCUGUUUUCUGGGUCAAGGGACAACAGUGUAAGACUGUGGGAUGUUGUUACUGGUCAGUGCAUCAGUCACAAUGAGGUGACAAGGAAUUUGGUUUCCUGUGUUAAGUGGAUACCACAAUCACACGAAGUUGUACAAACUGGAGAAGACAAAAUGGUCAAGGUCUGGGACACACGGACACUGACACCAGCAUUUACCUUCCCUCCAAAACAAUAUUUCCAGACAUGUUGUGACUGUUCUGAUGAUGGUAAAUACAUUUUGACAUGUAACAAUGGUUUUAACAGAAGUGGUUGUGAAGCAACUCUGUGGGAUUUGAGGCAGAAGAAGCAAGUUUAUCAGUAUGUUGGACACACUCAGACUGCAUCAGCAUGUAUUUUCCUGCCAUUUACUGAAGGCAUAGCUCCACACCCAUUGAUCGCUACAGCAUCACAUGACUCAACGCUUAGAAUAUGGAAAAGAGAAACUAAAGAAUGUAUUCUAGUUGAGGAAUUUCCCGGUUCUGGUCCACUAACAAGUUUAACGGCCUGGCCCAAUGGAGGUCUCUGUGUGUCAAGCUUCCAUGUUGGGAUCUACAAGCUCAAUUUACAAGAGAAAGAUGAUGGUAAACUAACAUUAAAGAGAAUGGUCCACUUUUGACGUCCGCAGACACAACAACUAUUAGUUAAAGUAAUAUGAUUUUUAGGUAGUGAUAAUAGGCAAUGUGCAGCGACGCCAUUUUGAACAACAAAGCAUUAUGGGAGAUUUUAUUCAGCGCACAUUACAUAUCUACUUAAAGUCUCCCUAAAAGCCGUUAUAAUAUUUUCUUCUUUGUAAAAACGGCAAAACUACUUCUAUUUUUGUAAAGAAAAAGCAAAAGAACCUAAGCUUAGCCAACGUUAAAGUGAUUGGACUACAACCCCCAUCAUGCCUUGCUGAUUAAAAUGGCGUUGCUGCAUAUUGACUAUCAAAGCAGCUAGUCCCAUAGUCCGGCUUUUCAAAGGGGCUAUGGCCCUUCAGUUAGACAUAGCGCGUUUUAAAAACCCUCUACUUUUCAUAUAAAUGUCUGUAAAUCAAAAUUUACAAGAAAAUUACAGAAUUCAAAGCGCGCUAUGUUUUCCAGCGAGGGUAAAGAUACAUGUAACCAUUGAUGAUUUUAUUUUAUUUUAUAAAUUAUUAUCUUUCUUGUAAAUACUUAAUAUACGUCAAAAUGAUAUCAUAUAUAUUAAUCAAUAUAGUUUUAGGAAUUCUGUACAUUGAAAUUAAAAAACGGCUCUGUAAUGUAUAAUAAUAAGAAGUUCAUGUAUUCAAGGAAUACUCAAACAGUUUUUCCGCAUCGCAGAUCUUUGUCRGGGUCAAGCAGGUUACAUCAUCGAAUCUAAGACAGAAAGGGAGCUUCGUAAAGCAAAUAUUUCGUAUAAUAUCAUAACUAUAUCACUGUUUCAGUUCUAACACUGCAUGCUCUGAAUUAUCAUGGACUCGCACAGUCAAUCCAUUAACGUUGUUCGGUUGUAUAAAGACAUAUUAAAAGACAAAAACAAAAUCAUUUGAAUAUAUCAUAUAUUUUUUGCAACAAUAUUUAACUUUAAGUUGCAAAACGUCAUUUGAAUGUCAAUAAAAUUUAGAUUUGUUAUAUUUAUCUGGAGUUUUAAAUUAGAAAAAUGUCCCGGGACUUUUGAUUUUUUUUGCUAUCUUUAUGUCUUUACAACUGACCAACGUGAAGUUGGAUUGGCCGUUUGUAAGAAAGGAAUAUAAUUAAAAUGUGUGAUUUCUGAAGGUUUUUCGGUCCUAGCAUAGAUGACAGCGCCUUUUUCAACCCGACAAUGUACAAUUUUACAAUUAGGUUUAUGCGAAUGGUAAAAAUUGAAUUGAUACUAAGUUGAUAUUAUUUUAGGAACGGGUUCUACUGUGCUGAAUUCCCAGUUUCUGUUGCUCAUUUUCGGUCAUCGGACGUGUAGUAUUCCUAUUUUCUAGCUUAAUAAACUCAUUGGAAAACGCUGUUAA